UGUCAAGUGAAAACACUUGACUUUGACAUAUCGAUCAAAAUAGUAAAUAGUAUAAGCGAAAAGUGCUCAAAAAUGGAAUUCAAUUAUAAAUUUAAAAUAAUUGUCUCAAUAUUUAUUUCAUGUGCUGUAAUAAAAUCUGGAGCCUCAUUUAGUGAUAUCUCACCGUUACAGAACGGGACCCAAAAGAAUUUUGUAUACAAUAAUACGUUUAUGUAUGACCAGACAAUUGAUGUGAUACUCAAUGAUACAACCACACACAUCCUGGACUUCGUUGAGAAGUCACCUGAGUUGUCGGUGUAUCCGACGAGAGUGCAAGUUAGUUCGAAUGACUCCUUGACACCCGAGUAUCCGGUGUUUGUGACGGCCGCACAGCAGAAAGGUGUAUCUUCCUGGGAGCUGCCUCUCAUUGUGUCCACUAGUCACGCAACUCUUCACUUUGACGAGAUGGCCCGGACACUGUGCCCACAUGAUUCAGGACCCAAUAUAACGUCACAAAGCCGACCGACCCUGACGCUGUCCACGUCGAGUCCGAAGAACUUGUCAGUCAGGAUCGAGUUACGACGAGUCCACGACUUCUACUUGGAAGUCAACAAGGAAGUCAACUUCAGCGUCACUCCCAGUACACCAAAUUAUUAUUACUUCUCAUUCGACCGGGAUCCUCUAAACCUGACUCAUGGCCAGCACUCGCUACGUUUUCCCAGAUUUAACUAUACGAUACCAAAGAGCGUGUUACUGAUGAUAGAUUCGGAGGACGAUGUCUGCGCCGUCGUCUCUAUACAGAAUAAUUCUUGUCCCGUGUUCGACAACGAAGAGGACGUUCAGUAUCAGGGCUACCACUUCACUAUGACGACGCGCGGCGGGAUCACAGUUACCCAAUCGAUGUUCCCGCGAGGUUUCUACGUGGUGUUCAUAGUGAAGGAGAGCGACGAGGAGUGUACAGGAGUACCUGACAACGUCCACGCUGAUAAGAGAAUCAAGAGAUUUAGAUUGGUAGCCGUGCCGUCAGUGUCCUACUCUGAUUAUGUAACAGGAGCUCUGGCUGCGCUGGCGCUGGUGAUGCUGGUCGCUCUGCUGGCACCUGUCGCCACCGCCCUCUCGUGUCGCAGCAGUGAAGUAUUAAUAAUAGAAGACCCACUGCCUUCCGGGUCCAGGACCGACACCACCGCCAGCGAGACGGCGCCGAUGUUUAAUAGAAGUGAUGAAUCUGAUCUAGAGUCUGAGCCUGAGGUGGAGGUCGAGGCGUCUUUGCCUGUGCCGCUCACCCUGGCCGGGCUCAGUCGGGCGAAGCCUGUAGCACAUGACAGGCGAUCCAACAGGUACUUCUGGAGCGCGUUGACGGUAGCGGUGGUGUACGCGCUGCCGGUGGUGCAGCUCCUCAUAACCUACCAGCGGCUUAUAUUCCAGACCGGUGACCAAGACGUGUGCUACUAUAACUUCCUGUGCGCUCACCCCCUCGGUCCCUUCGCUGACUUCAAUCACGUCUUCUCCAAUCUGGGUUACGUGUUGCUGGGUAUAGUGUUCGCGAUCCAGGUGCGGUGUGGCGGGGCCGGGGGGGCGGGGAGGGAGGCGCUCGGUAUACCGCAACACCGCGGUCUAUUAUACUCGAUGGCGUUGGCGCUCUUCAUGGAGGGACUCCUCUCCGCCUGCUACCAUCUAUGCCCCAAUAAGAUGAACUUCCAGUUCGACUCGUCGUUCAUGUACGUGAUAGCUGUUCUGUGCAUCGUGAAGCUGUACCAGUCGCGGCACCCGGACGUGAACGCCAGCGCGCACACCACUUUCAUGCUGAUAGCGUGUCUGAUGGCUAUAGGUCUGUUGGGUAUCAUGUACCCGAGCCUGUACUUCUGGUGGCUGUUCACUGUGCUGCACCUCGCCGCCUGCUUCUUCCUAACACUCAAUAUAUAUUACGUCGGCAAGUUGAAGAUGGAUCGCUCGCUGCCGUAUCAGGCUUGGUCCGGUCUGAGAACUCACGGCUGGUCGUCGUUUAGGGUGAAGUAUCCUGCGCGGGCGGCUCUCAUAGCUGUGGCGAAUGUGGCCAACUGGGCGCUCGCGGGAUACGGUCUGUACGAGCACAACAAGGACUUCGCGCGCCACCUGCUGGCGAUCCUGAUGGGGAACGCGAUCCUGUACACGCUGGGCUACGUGUUCAUGAAGCUGCUGCACCGGGAGACGGUCCCGCUGGCCGCCUGGCUGUGGCUGGGCGCGGCGCACCUCACGUGGGCGGGCGCGGCGGUGUUGUUCCUGUCCUCGAGGACCAAGUGGUCGCAAACCGCGGCCCAGUCCCGCACCCACAACGCCGUGUGCUCGUCUCUGCGCGUGUUCGACGAGCACGAUCUGUGGCACCUGUCGUCGGCGGCCGCGGUGUUCUUCUCCUUCAACGUGCUGCUGGUGCUGGACACGCCGCUCGACAACACUCCCAGACACCUCAUACCCAGCUUCUAGAUGACCUCAAACUUACCGAUAGAACACGUGUUCUGUAUAUACGCUACCUUACGUAAAUGAGCUUAAGGCUCAUUUUGCUCUAAUAUUUAUUAAUUUUUAAUUAAACUUCACAGAUAAAAUAUAGGAAUUAAUAAUAAUUCGUAUUUAAUUCUUAUCUGUGAUAAAUAUGAUCGUAUUUUAAAUAUAGCACUGACCGGAUGUGUUUUAUGUUUGUUUGCUGAACAAAAAUUAUGUUUCUUUAAGAUAAUUUAAUAAUAUACAAAAAAAUAUUCAUAGUACGUCAACUCCUGCUUAAAAUCAUAAACGUUACGUAAAAUAAUGUAAUAUAUAUAUAUAUAUAUAUAUAUAUAUAUAUAUAUAUAUAUAUAUAUAUAUAUAUAUAUAUAUAUAUAUAUAUAUAUAUAUAUAUUAGUUUAUAAGCAUUAUAUAACAAACCGAUUUAAAUCACCUGUCACUCCAUCCUUCGCCAACAACGCUCCCUGUCGCUGCACCAUGCUCGUGGUUCAGGACUUCAGGACACGGUAAAGCGUUGACGACCUUUUGCUAUAUAAUAGAUAAUAUUUGUCAAACUACUCUGAUGCAUGAAUUAUUUCACGGACUGAAAUGUCGUUAUUAAAAUGUAUAUAUUUGUAAGUAAACGUAUGAUUUUCUGGUAAUAAAAAGAACUACGAACAAAGAAACGUUAUAAAAUGUGCCGCCAGCUAUAGCGUUCUUUUAGGAACCUUACUGUAUUGAGAUAGAGUUAAUUUUCUCGCUCGCUAAAUUCUCACAUUAUUAUAAACAAAUAAGCCAUCAAUAUUCAGAAUAAUAUUACAUGCGACCUUAUCUUUAAGCGCAUAGAAGUUAUUUUUGCAUGUACUGUGAUUGCGUGUGUUACCAUAUGAGAAAAUAUUUUUUGCGACGGGUGCUCAAAUGAAUAUCGAUAUUGGCUGUUUGCUUUGAAACGGAAUAACGGCUGACAACAAAGAAAUAAAUAAAAUAAAUUAAAAAUA